CCCCGCCCACGCCAGGGUCGUUAGCCGUCCCGCCGAGACGCCCUCCAGGUUCAGAUUGGACUGAGUGACGGAGGUCCCGAGGAAGACAGACGCACCGGAGGACAGGCCGGGCCGCUGGCUGUGGUGUAGACCAAGGACACUGCCGCCCCGGCUCUGCCCUGGACACCAUGGAGCUGAGACCUGACACCAGCCACAAGGAGAAUGUGGCCCCCAGGCCUGCGACGCCCACGAGGCCAGGCAAGAGGCUCAGCGGGUCCAGGUCGGAGGUGGCAGGACCACAGGCCCCUCCAGCCCUAAUUGCUGCCCCCAUCACCUCUUCGUUCAAGCGGGGAACCAGGCAGUCGUCCUUGGCUCCUCUUUCCUCAGCCUCCACCUCCACAGCGGAGCAACGGAGGCUCCGGAAGAGCCUGGGUGUCGGCCUGGGCAGUGGACAUGGCCGGUGGGUGCCCAUGUGCCAGGCCAAGAGGGGAGGGCCUGCCGCCACACCCUCCCCAGGGGCAGUGCUUUGCCAGGAGCCCUGCCGAGUCCAGACCAACCUGGCCAGCCCCAGCCCCGGCCUGGGCCUUGCCCUGAAGGACACGACUGGCCAGCUCAUCAACUCAGGCUUCUGGCAGCAGAGCAACCUGCAGCGCCUGGCCAGGAGGCCCCAAAGGAGAGCCCCCAGGUUUGCCGUCCAGCAGAGUAACCUGAGCAUGAAGGAAGCCACCUUGGCCGAGUGUGGAAGUCACACCAGCCCCCAGUCGGAGCCUCAGGAAAGCGUCUGGCCCCACAUGAUGCCCCAGGCAGGCUCCCUACCCCGAGGGCCCUUGGCUCCCCCAUCCUCCAGCCUGAGGCCAUCCCAGCCGCUGGCCACAGACACCCGCUGCCCAGACUUCAGGCCCGCUGCUGACUAUGCCCCUCUUGGUGGGCAUACACGGCCAGGCCCCAGGUCCUGGUGUGGCCUGGGGAGCUGGACCUCCAGGCUCAUGGGGGAACCCCUCACCCUGGAGGACCUAGCUGUCCCUACCCAGAGCCAGCCUUGGGCCCCACCCAAAGCUGCUGUCCACCAGCUGCUGGCCUCCGUGCAACACCUGGAGCACAAGGCAGCCGGUCUCAGGUGCCGGGCAUCCCGGGAACCCCUGGGCCCUGUGUGGCAGGAACCCUGGACCAGUGAUGGCCAGGCGCUCCCCGCUUGCCUCCAGCCCAGCCAAGCUGUUCCUGCUUCCUGGGAUAAGAGGAGGAAAUUCCCUCCAGGUCUCAGGGAAACCGAGGAUUCCCCAGAGACCCCAGGGGUCCGGGCUGGCCUCUCAGACUCUCAGGCAGGCAGUAAGCCUGCAUCACCGGAGACCACAGUGGGGAUGCUGACUGGGGAUGUCCUUGAUCCCGAGCAGGGCGUCCUUCCUGCCCAUCCCCUGAGACGAGGCGGAAACUGCUCCCCAGGGACUGUGUUCGGCAGCGGGCAGAGGGGGGACCCUCUGCUCCCUCGAGGGGCUGGCAGCAGAGAGCCCGGACUCUGCUCUUCAGCCUUCUCCCAUGCAGCCCGGGGCGUCCUUCCUGGGUGGGAAGGAGGGGAGGGGGCCCCGCAGGAGCAGGUCAGCAGGAAGGAGGAGAGGAUGGCUCCCUGUCCACCAGGCGCGGCCCCGGCGAGGAGCGGCCUGCAGGUAGAGGCCGGAGGAGUCUGGGAGUGGGAGUUGGGGGGCUCCGGGAGGCCCGCUGCCUCCUCCCAGGAAUUCUCACUCCAAGCUGGUUGUCACUACCCUGUCACACCCCCCUCCCCGGAAAGGGCGGCCUUGGCAGGCAGGCUCCGCAGAGGGUGUCCUGUCCUCUUGCUUCUUGGCCUGAGAGCUGUGUCAUGUCCUUUGAUUUCCAAGAACAAAGCCAGAAGCACUGUGAGCCUGGCGUCUGAGACAGCUCGCUGGCGGCUGCUGUCCAGGUGUUUCCGAGCCUGGCAGCACGUGGUGCAGACGCGGCGGGCAGUGGUGGCGGCGCUGGCGCUGGGCCGCCGGCAGCUGUUGCGCAGGGGCCUACGGGCGCUGCGGUGGGCACUAUGGCUCCGGGAGGCCCAGCUGGAGGUGGCGUGGGGGCGACACACGCAGGCCCUGCUGGCCCGGAGCUUCCGAAAGUGGAGAAACCUGACUUGGCAGCAGAAACAAGGGCAGCCCCACGUCCAAGCUGGGCCAGGACCCCCAUCCUCUGGGGAAGGCCAGGGCCAAGGCCCCGUGGGAAGGAAGCCAGUGCUGGACCACGCCGGGGGAGGCAGCUCCUUCCUGCAGGGCAUGAGGCGGCGGAUGCUGCAGCGCAUCCUGAGGAGGUGGCGCUUGAGGGCGUGGGGUCCAGGCACCCCGUCAGGCAGCACCAGGACCCCCUCUGCCCCAGAACCGCUGGGCGGCAUCCCGGGAUGGGAGGCCUCGCUGGGCUGCAGCACACAGGGCAGCUCGCUGGAGGAGGCGUCCAGGGCCCCCGCCCUCCUGGAGAGCCUCGGGGGGAGCUUGCCGUGGGCGGCCGGGCAGCAGCAGGGGCGGUGCCAGCAGCCCCGAGGCGCAGUGAGGUGGCACCAGAGCCCCCUUCAGAGGCGCAUCCUCCUUGGCUGGAGCCGCUGGGCAGCAGCCCAAGGGGCCCAGAGAGAGCUGGCUGUCCGCUGGGCCUGGGCUCGGAGCUGCAGGGCCACACUGGGCCUGUGGCGGCGGCGGCUGGCGCAGUGGCAGGAGGCGGAGCAGUGGGCCCGGGAGCGGGGCCGGAGACGGGUGCGAGAGGCCCUGUGCCGCUGGCGCUCCCGCUGGCAGAGGCAGCAGUUCCUGCAUCAGAAGUACCAGAGGUGGGUGCAGGUCCACCUCCAGGGCCUGCGGAGGGCCGUGUUCCAAGGCUGGCAGCAGGCGACAGCUCGUCGGAGACACAUGGUGGCUGAGCCAGAGCAGCUCCUACUGCAGAGCCAUUUCCAGGCCUGGUGUGGAGUUGUGAGAGACACAGGUGUGCUCCAGGCCAAGUGUCGAGCCUUCCAGGAUGGCCUGAGGAGACGGGCACUGCGGGCUGCCUUUGUCACAUGGCAGGAGUCCCGAGUGGCCGCAGCCUGGGCACAGGAGCAGCGCGUGACCCGGGCCUCCAUUGCCCACUGGAGACGCUGUGCUCAGGGGGGCCGGGCAGACAGGCAGCUGAGGAAGGCCCAGGCCCAUCAGGCCUUCACAUCAUGGAGAGUGGCCCUGGGCCAGCGCCGCGAGGCCCGCCAGCAGGCAGAGGAGGGAGCUCGGGCCCAGGCCUGGGUGGCCCUGUGCUGGACGCUGUGGGUGCGUGAGUCCCGCCUACACAGGCUCAGCCGAGCCCACGCUGCCCGGAAGCUGAGCGCCAGGGUCCUGGAGGCCUGGGCCCGGUCAGCAGCCCAGGGCCGUGUCCAGAGAGCCACCAUCAGCCAGUUCCAGCAGGCUGGGCCCAGGCACCUCCUGCGGACCCACUGGGCCCAGUGGCAGACAGCGCUGCUCAGAGUGAGGCUGGAACCACCGUCCAGGGCCCGGGAGGCCAGCACAGCCCACCCCCGGCCCAGGUCCGACCUUAGGCACUGGCCCAGCCUGGCCAGCAGAGGGUGCCUCCUGGUGGUGAUCGACGCUGCAGCCCCGUGGCAGCAGACCCACAGCUGCAGUCCACAGGCCACAGGGCCCAUGCUGCCUGGCUCAACCCAGCACCACAGCCUCUGCGGACAGAGCAAGCCGAGAGAAAUGGCCUGGGCCCAAAGUCAGGAGACCUGCCCUUGGGGCCACAUGUCUGAAGUGCAGGGUGACAGAGAGCCUCCCCUCUGCCACUCCUUCCAGCUCUGGCUGCACUGGCCUGGACACAGCAGCUGGACACCGAAUCGGCUCCCUACAGGACCAGGAGGGGGCUGCAGCUCUGAGACCGGCACCCUCAAGGGCAAAGGCGAGGCUGACAAUCAGAGGCGGCUGGGGAGGAAAUACCUGCAACGCUGGCAGCUCGAGGCACUGCUUCGCCGGCUCCAGGGUACCCAGCAGGCCAGGCGCCUGGCAGUGACAUGGCAGCGUUGGGUAGAUGCUCAGGGGGCAGAACAGCUGGCUCGGACACUGCUCCUGCAGUGGCACCUGAGAUGGGCCUGGCGAACGUGGCGGAGGUGGGUCCUGCGGCUGCGGGUGGCUCAGCGAUUACAGCAGCAAGGCGACGGCUGGGUCCUUUCCCAGGCCUUUGAGAAGUGGCAACAGCACCUGGCAGCCAGGGACCUGAUGAGAGGAGCCACUGGCAGCCCGAGACCCCUGAGCAAGCCAGCCAUCAGGAGCCCUGGGAGCAGGCUGGAAGCUGCCCAAGCCCCUGAGUGUGCUGGACGUGGGGCGGAGCAGGGGGCCCAGCUGCAGCUGUGACUUGUUCCCAUGGAAAGAAAAACAGAAACCGAGCCCAGC